AUGAUAGUAGCGCUAAUAUUAGUGGUCUCGUGUCCACGUGUCGAAGUGCUUGAUCCAUGGCCGAAUGUUCUAUAUAAAAUGGACGUGGCAGCACGUAGCAUAGCAGGUUUUGCUGCUACAGAAAGACAUACAACAUUACAGGAAAUAAUGAAGUGGUUUCUUCUUCCAACUCUUUUGGCUUCUACGGCUUUAGCCGUAGCUGUUCCCAUCCCAAGACAGGCCGAGGGACUUGACAUCAUCAAGACUGUUGUCCUGAAAGACGGCCAGGUGAUUGACUGGGUUCGCCGGGAGUCCCAGGAUGCCAAUUUCACCCUCCCCAUCAAUUAUGAGCUGAACAAAAGGAACAACGCGCAGAUAGAAAAGUUCGCCAGCCCCCUUCCCGAGCAUCUUCGCGGCCCUGAGGGCACAGUUCCUAUCCCUCGUCGAGGCCUCGUGCCAUUCCCCCCGAAAAAGCUGCCGACUGCGUCUGAUGCGAGACUGCUUGAUGUCAAACUUAAGGCCUCGGCCGCUAGCGAGGACUACGCCGGACAGCAUUGGUACGCAACCGCAGGCAAACAGACAAAGAUUACCGGAGGUGGUGGAGGCUUCAGCAUGUUCAAGCCUUAUCUCCAGUAUGCUUCCGAUUUUUCUCUCCUCCAGACGGGGUUGGCUCGUUAUGAAGCCAAGACGGUCGAGUUUGGCACGAUAACACAAUCCCUGGAGGUUGGAUGGAUGUUCUACCCACCCCGGGGCUCCGAACCAAUGUUUUUCAUUUUCUUCAAUACAAACGGCUACCAGGGCGUGGGCGACUAUUUGUGUGGCUGGAACACAGAACAGAAAGGUUGGGUUCAAGUCGAUGAUACGAUAUACCCCGGCAUGUCCUUUGACCACAUAUCUGUCAUCGGGGGAGAGCAGCACGACUUUGAUGCCAAAUACCACUUAAGCGAUGGCAAAUGGUGGUUGAAGGCUUUCGGAAAGGACAUCGGAUACUAUCCUGCCGACCUUUUCAGCAAGAAAUCAAAGAAGGAUGAUACUCUUGCCUCUUAUGGAGAUCUGCUUACCUUUUACGGAGAAGUUUACAACAGUGGUCCAGAACUGACGACUACGGAUAUGGGCAGCGGCAAUUUUCCAGAAGCUGGGGACGGCAAGGUCGGAUACAUCAAAAACAUGGUAUACACUGACAGUAAUGGAAAAGAACAAAAAUUCAGCGGCGGCUACACUCAAGAAAGUGAUAAUUCUCGGUACAGAAUUAAGACUUUCUUCAACUCUGGUACUAGCUGGGACUCGUAUGUCUACCUCGGCGGGCCUGGCGCCAAUGGUGUUGUUGGUGGUUGA